UGCCGUUAAACGCCAUAGAAGAAGAAUAAAAAGUAAGACGUGUAUAGUUGGGGUUGCUGAUGUCAACUCUCUUUCAACAUUACGUGAAUUUAAAGCAUAAAUUCUAAGUUAUUAACAUGGAGAAUGAUGUUCUUGUUUCUCUUGAAGAUCUGGGGUACCAAGGCCCUCUUUUGGAGGAAGGUGCUCUGGAAUCAGCUGUGAGUGGAGGAGCAACUUCACCUGAGUUCACAAAGCUUUGUGCCUGGAUUGUCUCUGAGCUGAGACUCUACUGCAGACUGGAAGAGAAUGUCCAUGCCACGAACUGUCCAAGUGAGGCAGACAGCUUCCAGUUGGAAAUGAGCGGACUGCUGUCUGAGCUUGCCUGUCCUUACUCUGUCCUCACCAGUGGAGACGUCACCCAGAGGCUCCUCAACAGGACUGACUGUCUGCUGCUGCUUACCUUUCUGGUAUCUGAAUUUGGAAGCAUCAAGAAUGAUUCUGGUUAGUAAACCUCAGACGAAGGUCCAGGAGGUCGGGUAGUCCAGCGUUUUGGAACUGAAGGGCAUCUGCAUGGCUCUGGGCAUGUCCAAGCCACCUGCCAACAUCACCAUGUUCCAGUUCUUCAGUGGGAUUGAGAAGAAGUUAAAGAAGCCAUGAGUAGAGUCCCACCAAGUCAUGUAGGGGACCCCUUGAUGAAGAAGCCCCUUGGACCUGUGCACAUGGAAAAAAUAGAAGCUAUUAACCAAGCACUUGUGAACGAGUAUGACGUGAGACGAAAGCUGUUGUUGAAACGUCUUGAUGUUACAGUUCAGUCCUUUGGUUGGUCUGAUAGAGCUAAGACGCAUGGAGAGAAGUUGGCCAAAGUUUACCAACCUUUGCGUUCAGCUUUGAAUGUCAAAAGCAAAAUCUCUGUUGCCCACCUUCUUGCUGCACGACAAGAUUUCUCCAAGAUUUUACGCACAAGCAGUGGCAAGACGAGGGAGAAGACUGCUUGUGCCAUUAAUAAGGUUCUGAUGGGCCGAGUGCCAGACAGGGGAGGCCGACCCUGUGAGAUUGAACCUCCUCCACCAGAGAUGCCCUCUUGGCAGAAGCGCCAGGAUGCACCUCAAGCUGGUGGGGGUGGGUACGGAGGCGGAGCAGGAUCCAGAAGAGAUGGCAGAGGGGGCUAUGAUCAGUACUCUCAAGGUGGCCAUGGAGGCUAUGAACGAGGAGGGGGGCAUGGAGAAAGGGGAGGUAGGGGAGGAGGUGGCAGAGGGGGAAAGGCGCAGGGAGGCUGGGUGGAUGGAGGUGGAGGAGGGAGAGGUGACUACAACCAAGGCCACUAUCAGGAUGCAGGAGGUCAUCAUGGGGGAGGAGGGAGAGGAGGUUAUGGAGGAGGAGACCAGUCACGGAGGUUCCAAGAAUCUGGCUAUCACGGGGGAGGAGGUGGGUUACAUGACAGUUGUACCAACAAGAUGAGGAUGGCACCAGGAAGAGGCGGGGGUCGAGGAAGUCGUGGGGGCAGAGAGGAGAAAGGAGGACAAGGGGGAGGUUUGGGAGGGAGAGGGGGCCAGAGUUUAGCCAAGGAGGAACAGUUUGAACAAUUCUUCCAACAUGGCGGGCAGCACUACAAUCAAGCAGGCUUUGGUCAAGGGAGACACUACACUAGUUGAGGAUGGUAUCUGUGAUUACAGCAGAGUGCUGCUUCACCGGAUCUGCCAGGUAGUUAGUCUGAGCUGACAGCAUUUUUUGACCUAAUCGGUACCCACCUAAGAGGAAUUAAACAACAUUUGGAGUCCAGCCUUAGUUCACCACGUCCUCCACAGAAACAUGAUGGGUAUGACAGACAGCCAGGUAGAGAUUACACAGGGUCAAAAAUUUAAAAAUGCUCCGCUCAUUUCAAAAAGUAUUCCACAUUUGUCUGAUCAUAAAGAUCCAAACUGUAAUACUUUGGACGAUCUGUGACUGAAAAUUAUGGAGUCAUGGGGUUAAAAACAGGAAAAAUGUGUUGGGCAGUUUGUAGUGGGUAAAAAAAAAAAAAUAAAUAAAGUUGCUCCAAUUUUUCUCAAAAUUAUUGGUUUAGCUAACAGGUUUUAGAAAAAAAGAACUAGUUUGAUUGUUUUCAAUAUGUUUUCAAUAUGAUGAAGAUGGAAUAGUGAAGGAAUACUUUUGUUUUGAAUCCUUGCUCUCCAAAAUAUUGGAGAAACUUGGUCAACAUCCAGUUGACUCUGUGAUGCAAGUGUUUUCGGGUAACAAGAUAACUCAUCAGUUUUAAAAUCCGUGACUCGAGCAAUACUUUGCAUCACUUUUCAUCAUAAUCGAAAAAACCUUUUUUUUUUUUUUAAAGACACCUGAACCAACUGAAAUCUGCUCUUGUCAUUUUUUAAAAACCCCAUUACAUUGAAUAAUAGUCCAAAGUGUACAUUUUUGGAAUCUAUGAUCAGACAAUGUGUAGUUUUCAAUAUCACUGGUGCAUUUAGAAGUAUUGACCCUGUAGGGGUCAAAAUUUAAAGGGGACCCCUACUUGGCUAUUGCUACUGCUCUGGAAUGUCACCUUACAUGGUACUGAAAUCCUGUUUGGCCCAUUCAACUAAUUGGGCUGUCUUUGAUUGGCCAUUGAGCUGGUGUUAUUACAGACCUGGCAGCCCUGCAGCUUAUCAACCGUUAACACGUUUAAAAAUGCCUUAUUGUCAAAUUGUGACUUUUGAGCAUGAUUUUAAAAUAGGCUAAAAGCUUCAGCGUGGGCAGAGUCUCAUACAAGAUCUACCAUAUGCAAACACGACAGGGUUUCGUUGAUCUUUUGCUCUCACACAUUUUCUCAGUCUCCAUGGCAUCAAACCCAAAAGAUGUCAUAAAUGGAUUCUGCUGCCUUCACACCCCUUUUAAGUUGGAAAAUGUUCAGUAUUCUUGCUCUACAAGUGAAAUUAGAAUUCCCUGUCAUUAUUGCGUAAGUUUUUUUUUUUUUUUUUUUUAAUACUUGAAAUUCAUUUACUUGAAAACACUUUUGUCCUUCCAGUGUGACAUAAUUUACAGGAGAUUUGAUUUUGUGCUUAUUUAAAAGACAUGCCAGCUUGAGCUGGUUCUGGAAUAUUGUGCAUACAAAAGUGGGUGCUGGAAAGCUUGCAUGGAUGAGAGAAUGAGCAAUAAAAUAUUGAAAUGAGAAUAUUGCAA